AUGUCGUUCGAUCGUAUGACUUUCAGCAUUUGUGCCGCAGCCUAUUUCAGUUUCUUUAAGCAAGCUCCCUUCGAGCCGGUGAAGAUCUUUACUUUCUUUCUUAUUCCUCGAGAGAGCCUUACUAUGUCUGAAGACAAAAUUUUGACCAAGACCUACGAGGUCUCAAGGAGGCGCAUACUCGCGCUGUCAACAACUGGCGGUUAUACGCAUGCGGCUCCGGUUUUAGACAUCUGUCGUGUGCUGGCCGAACGGGGCCACACCGUUGAAUUCGCGACGCAUGACGGCCAGCAGACCUGGAUUCAAAAUCCUUACUACUCUUUUGUCAAAAAUGUGCACCUAUUGGGACCAGGCCCAACUCCGGAGCAGUACAGAGAUCACUGGACGCGCAUGGUGUCACUACGGGUGGAGGAUGCUCUCAGCAGCUGGAUGAUGUGGAAGUCCAAGUACCUUUGGGACUCAUUCUGGCCAGCGACUUACCGUCAACUGAAAAGACUCUGUAGUGACCCCGAAACGCGCCCAGACUUCAUUAUUGCCGACUUCUUUGACGAGACGGUUGCCCGGGACAUGAGCCUUGAGUGCGAUAUUGCUAUCGCUAUAGUUUGGCCGCAAAUGCCUUUCCUUCUAGCGCCCGCUACAUACAUUCCUGGGCAGCCGGGGUUUCAGAUCGACGUUUGCCUUACCUCGGAGCAUGUUAGUCUUUGGUCACGCUUGCGAAACGAGAUAGCCAUUGUUUGGGCUGCGCCACAAUUCUUAAUGUGGAUGCGUUGGUUCACAAAGCUACGGCGUCGUGAAGGUGCUCGCUGUCCAGUUUUGCCGGGUGGUGACCGCCCUCAUCACCUUGUAUUAGUCAACUCAUUCUUUGGACUCGAGGCUCCAAAGGAUCUACCACCACUCAUGGCGCUUAUUGGACCUGUCCUGACGGAGGGGUACCCACCUCUCGACAAGCAGCACAUUCGCUUUCUCGAGGCGCAUAAGCAAGUUGUUUAUGUUGGUCUAGGCACUAACGUCGUACUGCCGGAGACUAGCCUACAUAAGUUGCUCCAAGGUCUUAUUCUAGCCCUUGAUCGUGGCCACAUUGACGGUGUAAUAUGGGCUUUGAACCAAACUGCUCGCAAGGAGCUUGAUUUGACACACACUGUGUCCCGUUUAAAUGGUGAAUCGACGACACUUGGAGAGUUACUAGAUAAUGCGAUGCCAGAAUUCCUGACGCCAGAAUUUGCACCCCAGCGAGCGAUUUUGAACCACAAACAUACACGCCUCUAUAUGACUCACGGAGGCAGCUCGUCGGCGAAUGAGGCUACAUAUCAUGGUGUUCCUGUGCUGGUUCUGGGCUUCAUGUUUGACCAACUUGCCAAUGGAGUGCGUCUCGAGGAAGCCGGAUGCGGUCUGCAGCUGAACAAAAUCAACUUCACAGCUGACGAAGUGGCCGCCCGUAUAUCUUUCCUUGUAAAUAGCGGUCCUGAUAGCAGCAUCGCGCGGAAUGUCGAGCGGAUGAGACGCAUUUCCACGGUAGCCGCGCGCAGAAAACGUCUCGCCGCUGAUCUGGUGGAGGAAACUCUGUUUGACCACGAGCUGCGCGGCUCGCGGCCAAUGCAUCUUCAGACUGCUGACAUGCGUAUGCCAUGGUGGAAGGCACGUAACUUGGACCUGGUGCUUUUCGUCUUCGCCACUGCAGUUGGUGUUCCCACGGUUGCUAUCUUCGGAAUUCGGUCAUUUCUUGGCGGUAAUAUUUCGUUCACUUAA